AUCUUCCCCCGGCAGACAGGUUGAUACACUUUGAUAGCGCCUUGACGAGAGGGUUAAGGGAAGUCAUCUGAAGAUCCCAGUGUCGUUUGAAGGCACAGAGGAUUUUAAGACGUCAGUACAGCCGGUGUCAGUUGCGAAGAGAGAUGUCUGAAGGACUCGUUUGAAUUUCUUCACCAGAUCUGACUGAGGAAUAUGCCAUCUUUUACGUCAGACAGAGCCUCUAAUAUCAGUACAAAGAACGGAAAAAAUUGCUAGGAGCGGGGAUUAAUAUCAAAAUAUGAAACAAGUGUAACCUAGAUAUAUGAACAGGUACGGAACAUAGGCGAUGUAAAUCAGCAUGUAGUCGUCAGUACGCGGAGGGGCAACAUCAGUCAGCAGUCAGUGUAAACAAACAGCUAUUCAAGCUAGCUGAACUUAGCCGAUUGGAGGUUAGCUUUCUAGUGCUUAGCACAUACAGCUAACAUAAGGUCGCAAAACCGAAGUAAAACGAAGGUAAAUCGAACGGAACAAGCCUGUAGGCGGAAAUAAAAACGAGAUUUAAUCUCACUUUAACUGCCCACAGUGGAUGACAUUUUUGUGCUAUCCAAGUAGGCAUUUAUUAGCCUUUCAGCUAACGUUGGCUAAUUGUAAUUUCCAUUGCACAUCAAAAUAACAUCGCAACUAGCUCAUUAAACCUGGAAUAGAGGAGACAUUUUGCAAUAUUAACACCGCGGUGUUUGACAUUUUCUUUCUUGUGAGAAAGACUGAACACUUUUAGGGUCGCUAUAAUGCUGCGUUAGUUAAUCUGGAUAGCCGGUGUAGCUGAAUGCCUGAAACGGCAGGACGUGAGGAUGAACGAAAAGAGCUUCGAGACUUGAUGAGGCUUUAAUACACCAACCAGCGUUUUUAAACCUCAUUUUUGUAUUCGUUUUAUUAGCUGCAUCAUGACAGAGUUCUGCACGUUUUACUUUUGACAGGUCUUUGUUUGACUCUUUGGGCCCCUCAGGCAAGAAUCGUACAGCUGAGUACCGUCAAAUAGACGAAAAGAGCCUGUAUUCAAAGUUUCUGGCUUUGAGUAGAAGUCUUAUUAAGUGACUUAUGUCGACUUAAUAAAUAACUUGAUUUGAAUCUUAAACGAAGCGCCUCUAAAACCUAGAAGUUGCGGAGACUUAUAUUAAUUGUAGUUGUGCUGUACAUAUUUUUGUGCAGACUGUCAGAAUGUGGAUGCGUUUGAAGCGAUAAGCCUCUCAGCGGCGAUUUGGUUGCCAGUGGCCUCCCCUCCCCCAGUGCUGACACUGAGUCUCCUCGAGUUUGUGCCACUGUUUGCCGGCUUCCCCUUGUUGUUGUUUUGUUUUGUUUUGUUUGUUUGUUUUGGGUUUUUUUUAGACUGCAGAAAGACCAUAGCCUCAAAUCGCUGUCCCCUGGACUCUAAAGCAGUUAAAAAGUGGAUGUAAUGGAACUGAUGUUUGCCGAGUGGGAGGAUGGGGAGAGGUUCUCCUUUGAAGACUCGGACCGGUUCGAGGAAGACUCUCUGUGCUCCUUCAUCUCUGAGGCCGAGAGCCUCUGUCAAAACUGGAGGGGAUGGAGGAAACAGUCGGCUGGACCCAACUCCCCUACUGUCAAGAUUAAAGAUGGUCAGGUAAUUCCGCUGGUGGAGUUAUCAGCAAAACAGGUCGCCUUUCACAUCCCAUUUGAAGUGGUAGAGAAGGUCUACCCCCCCGUCCCAGAACAGCUUCAGCUCCGCAUUGCCUACUGGAGCUUCCCUGAGAAUGAAGAGGACAUCAGGUUAUAUUCUUGCCUUGCUAAUGGUAGUCCAGAUGAAUUUCAGCGCGGAGAACAACUCUAUAGAAUCAGAGCUGUCAAAGACCCCCUGCAAAUUGGCUUUCAUCUCAGUGCUACAGUAGUUUCCACUCAGUCCAGUCAGUCUAAAGGAGCCUACAAUGUGGCAGUCAUGUUUGAUCGCUGCCGCAUCACUUCCUGCAGCUGCACCUGUGGUGCAGGAGCCAAAUGGUGCGCUCAUGUGGUGGCACUCUGCCUCUUCAGGAUCCAUAAUGCAUCAGCAGUGUGUCUCAGGGCUCCAGUUUCUGAGUCUUUGUCCAGGCUGCAGAGGGACCAGCUUCAAAAGUUUGCCCAGUACCUCAUCAGCGAGCUGCCUCAGCAGAUCCUGCCCACAGCCCAGCGACUCUUGGAUGAGUUGCUGUCCUCACAGUCCACUGCCAUCAACACUGUGUGUGGAGCUCCAGAUCCAACAGCAGGUCCUUCUGCAUCGGACCAAAGCACCUGGUAUUUGGAUGAGUCGACCCUCAGUGACAACAUCAAAAAAACUCUGCACAAAUUCUGUGGACCUUCACCUGUUGUUUUCAGUGAUGUAAACUCCAUGUACCUGUCAUCCACGGAGCCCCCAGCAGCUGCUGAAUGGGCAUGUCUGCUGCGACCUCUGAGGGGUAGAGAGCCAGAAGGCAUCUGGAAUCUUCUGUCCAUAGUCAGGGAGAUGUUUAAGAGGCGAGACAGCAAUGCUGCCCCACUGCUUGAGAUUCUCACUGAACAGUGCCUCACCUACGAACAGGUAUACUGUUGGUGGUACAGUGUUCGAACUUCAGCAUCCCACAGCAGUGCGAGUGGCCACACUGGCCGGAGCAACGGCCAGUCAGAAGUAGCUGCUCAUGCCUGUGCAAGCAUGUGUGAUGAGAUGGUUGUUCUAUGGAGGCUGGCAGUGCUCGACCCCACUAUGAGCCCCUGCAGGCGUUUGGAACUGGCAGGCCAGCAGCAGUGGCACCUGAUUAUAGAGAUAGUGAAGCGGGGACAGCAUCGCAAGUCCCUGGAACUAUUUCAAGGCUUUAAACCUGCUGUAGAGUCCUGCUAUUUCAACUGGGAGGUGGCCAACCCACUGGAUGGCAUUACCUACUGCAGUGCAGAUAAGAAGAGUGCCACGUUCUGCUGGUCCAGGGCAGUGCAGCACCAGAGAGGAGUCAAAGCUGCUGCAGGAGGUAGUGGUGAAUCUUCUGAAUUAGGGGGCAGAGCUGAAGGUGGCGCUGGGGGAGAGUAUAAAGGUAGACCAAAUAGUCACUCCACACAACAGGAGGUAGCAGUGCGACCAAAGGAGACCAUUCUGACCAAGAGGAAGGGUCUGUCAGUGAGUGGAGGUGGAGGGAUGCUUGUCCGCCUAGGAGGGAGUGUCUCACUCCUUGAAGAUGGAGGAGGAAAGUGCAUGUACAGGCCAGGCUCCUCCUCUGGAGGGAAGCUGAAACUGACUCAGGGAGGUGGGAAGGGGGCAACUGUAGGAGUUCCUGGAGGAGGUGGAGGAUUAGGAAGUAGUAAGCAUACAAGUGCUACGCGAACUAGUAGUGAGGAUAGCUCUGAGCCAGACUUGGCUGAACUCAGCCUGGAUGAUGGCUGCAAUCUGGCUUGGGGCGCUGAGGCUAGUAACACUUUUGAGUUCUUCACCACACCUGAAAUGCUCCCCUCUCCAAGCCCACUGCUCCGAGAUUCACGCAAGUACAACAGUAGCAGCAGUGGAGGGAGCAAGAUUUUUGAAACAAAGCGUAGCAGCCAUGCAUCAGCAGCAAUUGCUGCUGCAGAGCCUGCUCCACCUUGCUUCCCUUCAAAAGAUGGGGUGAUUGUUGUGGGCAUGCCCAGCACCACAGAAAAGGAAGCAGAGGUGGAGCCUGUGCAUAACAGAGAUGAAGAUGUUGAUUCAGCUGGUAGUAACCAGCCUUUAAUUUCCACAAAUACAGCAAGAUCAAGCACCACUCAAACAUCUGCCAAACCACCACGGGGCUGCAAAGAGGUGGUAUCUACUGAAGCAGUAGUAGGAAGUGGGGCAGCAGUUGUUGGAUCAGCUCAUCAGGUAGUAGAAGCAGUACAUGGAGCUGCUGAAGGAGAACCUGUGGGUGAGGAUGACUACCAGGCAUACUACCUGAGUGCUGCCUCAUAAGAGGGUGUAGACAGACAGUUAGCUGACAACCACCAGGAGGACGAGCCAGACAUCUUUGCGGGGAUCAAACCGCUUGAGCAGGAGGGACGCAUGGAGGUGCUUUUUGCAUGUGCUGAAGCCCUGCAUGCACAUGGAUACAGUAAUGAGGCGUGCCGGCUGGCUGUGGAGCUAGCUAGAGACCUCUUGGCCAACCCUCCAGAUUUGAAAGUGAGGCAGCCACAGAACUAAGGUAGAUCCAGUCCCAGUGUCAACCACCGUCAGACACAGGUAGCCACUAAGACGCUGUCCAAAGCUGCCUUCCCCACUGUUCUCAGUGAGCGACUGGAACUCCACAACCUGGUCAACACCGGGAUGUUCUCACUAGAACUCCAGAGACAACCAGCAUCUACCAAAGCUCUGGAGGUGAAGCUGGCCUACCAGGAGUCAGAGGUGGUAGCUCUGUUGAAGAAGAUCCCUCUGGGUCUGGUGGAGAUGUCUGCCAUCAGAGAGCGAGCAGAGCAGCUCAGGGACGGGAGCUUCUGUGAUUACAGGCCUGUGCUACCUCUCAUGUUGGCCAGCUUCAUCUUUGAUGUACUUUGUACCCCAGUUGUGUCUCCAACGGGUUCCCGUCCACCGAGUCGCAACCGCAACAAUGAGAUGCCUGGGGAUGAAGAGCUGGGCUUUGAGGCUGCUGUUGCUGCACUUGGUAUGAAGACCACAGUCAGUGAGGCAGAGCAUCCUCUGCUGUGUGAAGGAACUAGACGGGUGAAGGGCGACCUGGCUCUUGCUCUCAUGAUCACCUAUAAGGAUGACCAGAGCAAGCUCAAGAAGAUAUUGGACAAGUUGUUGGACAGGGAGAGUCAGACCCAUAAGCCCCAAACUCUAAGCUCCUUCUACUCAAGCAAGCCAGCAGCUGGCAGUCAGCGUAGUCCAUCCAAACACACAGCCUCCAGCCACAGUGGGGUGGGUGGGGCCACAGGGGGUGUCUCCAAACAUGCUCCAUCAUCUUCCUCAGCAGCUACUUUGGUGGCUUCAUCCUCAAGCUCUUCCUCUGCUCUGACACUUGGUGGAGAGGAGGUGGCUCCUCAGGCUGAUCUGAACCCAGUACCAAGCAACACAGCAGGGGAGGGUGCUGCUGAGACCAAGGAGCAUGAUGGGCCUUCAUCUUCAAGUGAUCAGCAGAAUGAGAUUGCUCCAUUUAAAGAGGUCACAGUGCCCAGUCGGCUGGCACUGGGGGCACGCUGUGGAUAUAGCCAGCGCUGCUGGGGCUCACCUGUACGGCAGAAGAAGAAACACACUGGCAUGGCGAGUAUUGAUAGCAGUGCUCCAGAGACCACCUCAGACAGUUCUCCUACUCUCAGCCGGCGACCGAUGCGGAGCGGCUGGGCAGCAGCUUCUUGGGGCCGGGGCCAGGACAGUGACAGCAUCAGUAGUUCUUCAUCUGAUUCUUUAGGCUCCUCCUCCUCCAGUGGCUCUCGCAGGGCAGGAGGCGGGGCCAGGGCCAAGAGUACUGACACUAGCAGGUACAAAGGGCGACGUCCAGAGUGUCAUGCCCCCCAUGUGCCCAACCAGCCCUCAGAAGCAGCAGCUCACUUUUACUUUGAACUGGCCAAGACUGUGCUGAUCAAAGCUGGAGGCAACUCCUCCACCUCCAUUUUCACCCAGCCCUCAGCCAGCGGGGGGCACCAAGGUCCACACAGAAACCUGCACCUGUGUGCCUUUGAGAUUGGCCUGUAUGCUCUUGGCCUCCACAACUUUGUCUCACCCAACUGGCUGUCCAGGACCUAUUCCUCCCAUGUGUCCUGGAUCACUGGCCAAGCCAUGGAAAUCGGCAGUGCUGCGCUCAACAUUUUGGUGGAGUGUUGGGACGGUCACCUCACCCCUCCAGAGGUGGCAUCCCUUGCAGACCGAGCAUCGCGAGCAAGGGACCCAAACAUGGUUCGGGCCGCAGCAGAGCUGGCCCUGAGCUGCCUGCCUCACGCUCAUGCCCUCAAUCCUAAUGAAAUCCAGAGAGCUCUAGUGCAGUGCAAAGAGCAGGACAAUGUCAUGCUGGAGAAGGCCUGCAUGGCAGUAGAGGAAGCAGCCAAGGGUGGAGGUGUCUACCCUGAGGUUCUGUUUGAGGUGGCUCACCAGUGGUACUGGUUGUAUGAGCAGUCAGUGGGUGGAGGAUCAAGCCAACAACGGGAAACAUCUGGCCGAUGUGGGGCAAAUGGAGGUUCGGGCAGGAGGCCCCCAGAGUCUAGCUGUGGUGUUCUUGACAAUGGAGCCAACAUGGAGUCUCCAGGGGUGGCAGCAGUCACAGCUUCUGUCACUGCAGCCGCUGUCGUACCCGUCAUCUCUGUAGGGUCCACAAUUUACCAGUCCCAUGCCAUGCCCGGGCAGGCUAUGGCUCACCCCCACAGCCAGGGCCUUCACCCCUACACCACCAUCCAGGCCCAUCUCCCCACUGUCUGCACGCCCCAAUAUCUGGGGCACCCUCUGCAGCAUGUACCCCGUCCCACUGUCUUCCCUGUGUCUGGGGCUGCAUAUCCACAGGGAAUGCACCCAGCAUUCAUUGGUGCCCAGUAUCCGUUCUCAGUGGCCACUGGUCCUCAGCCAUCUAUGGCUGCCACGACUGUCACCUUCCCUGGUGUACCUGUGCCGUCCAUGACUCAAAUCGCUGUCCAUCCCUACCACACUGAGGCUGGUCUGCCCCUCAGCACCACUGUAGCAGUUGGUGGCGUUCACCCUGGCCCAACAAUCCAGGCCAUACAGGGAGCGUCUCUGCCCUCUCUUUCCUCCCAGCCUGCUUCCUUGGUUAGCACUCCUUUCCCAGCAGAAGACGAGCAGCACAGCCAGCCAAUUAGCCAACAGGGCUUGCACUACCUGCAUUCUGCCUAUAGAGUUGGCAUGUUGGCAUUGGAGAUGCUGGGCAGGAGGGCUCACAAUGACCAUCCCAACAACUUCUCCAGGAGUCCUCCUUACACAGAGGAUGUUAAAUGGCUUCUGGGACUUGCUGCCAGGCUAGGAGUCAACUACGUGUACCAGUUCUGUGUCGGAGCAGCAAAAGGUGUCCUCAGUCCAUUUGUCCUGCAGGAGUUAAUCAUGGAGGCCUUGCAGCGGCUGAACCCCGCACACAUCCACGCCCAUCUCCGAACGCCUGCUUUCCAGCAACUUGUCCAACGCUGCCAGCAGGCCUAUCUGCAGCAUAUUCACCAUCGGCUCAUCCACCUGACACCUGCAGACUACGAUGACUUUGUCAACAUGAUCCGCAGUGCUCGAGGUGCUUUCUGUCUCACUCCUGUGGGCAUGAUGCAGUUUAAUGAUGUGCUGCAGAAUCUGAAGAGGGGCAAACAGACCAAGGAACUAUGGCAGCGUAUAUCCCUGGAGAUGGCAACUUUCUCCCCCUGAGCAGCACACUGAAGGAGAGAGAACGUGCUGGGCCGAAAAGACCCAUCCAGCCUCCAGCAUAGCUACUGCCACCGCACUGAGCCGGCCACACUCGAGAGUGAUUUUCGUCAGGGACACUGCUCUGUGCUCUGAGGACUCAGUAAAGUGCACCCAGGCAGUGCAGUCGACUCCCAUUCCCCAACCCACAGACUUGCUUUGUUUUUGUGUUGGUCCACCCAGAGCCUCGUGGAGAAGACUGUUCACCUUCCUGCUCUCUUCUGUUCCUGCCUGAUGUUUUAUCAUUGUUUACCUUUGUGUAAAUGUGGAAUUCCAAUGUGUUCCUUUCUUUCUUCAUUUCUACUCAACUUCAGACUGACAAGGAUCCUCUCCCGUCAUCCUCACUUGAUUUUCAGUGUUUUGUAUUUUGUUUGUUUUUAGUUUAGUUUUAAAGGAAACCACUGCGUGAGUCGUGUUUAUGCUGCAACAUUCCUGUCUAGAGUGGUAGAUGCCUCAUUCAUCAGAGUCUUGUCACUAUGGAUCUGAAUCAUUGCAGUGUGGGACAAAACAAUGAUUUUCAAGAAAAAAAGAUUUAAUAUGAGCAUUUUAUUGUCCCCAUUGGUGAGGAUUUUUCAGUAUUUUGUUUAAUCUUUUUUUGAUACUUUGUAUAGGCUGUGAUAUGUAAGCAGAUGGGAAUGGGAAGAGAAUGAGGGAAUGUUGAAGGUGCUUUUGCUGUUAUGUGGGACAUAUUUUUACAUUUCAGCCUGCCUGAGAAGUGACAUGAACAGAGCUCCAGACCAAAACCAGAGGCCACCUAACCACUGCUUAGGCCUUCUCCAGCUGCACUCUUACUGGCUGUCCAACAGUCAGAACACCUGAUCAGUCAUCACCUGGCCUGGGUUGCACUGCAUAUUUUUGUGUUGGUUUCCUGUUCUUCUUUCCUGCAACACAACUAACACUUGUUUAGUUAGGUUUUAAAACCAUAUCCCAAUUGAGACUCCCCAGAUUUUCAACAGCAUCAGAACAUUUUUUUUAAUUGAUUUUUUUUUUGAUAAAUAUAAAAAUGCUUUAAAGAAGAUUUCAUGAGUUAACAGGAUUUGCUUAAUUUAGUCUCUAAUGCUGUAUGAACACAGCUACUAUACAAAGUCCCGGCAAAAAUGUAAUAAGAAAUUAGGAUACCAUGACCAAAGUAUACUAAAAUCACACCUCCAGCCCUCCUUUAUCUAAAUCACUAAUUUAAAUGCAUGGUUUACAGCAGACCUGUUGGAAAACAGCAUUGUACAUUUGACUGAUCCUUUCAGUCCACAUCCUUUUUCUUCCAAAGUUCUCCAUAUUGUAAAAACCAGACAUCCAGCUCAACUCCUUAUAAAGCCUUUGGUGUGUCCGAUGACACGCUUCAGCGCCGUGUCUUCACCUUGUUCUGGUACACCAAACUGGCCCGAGCCUUCCCAGCCUGUUUGUCAGGAUGAUCGGUGAGUGUGAAAGAAUGAAGGCUUUCUAACCACAUUCAAAAACCAACCGAGCAAGCCACACUGAACUGGCAUGUAUGCUUUAUUAAACAUGUGACUGCUUUUGUUUAAUGAGAGGAAUAAGAACUUGGUUUGGCAAAUUUUCAGUGCAAAGCAUACGCAGUGGAUAAGGCCCGGUCAUGGCUGAGCAGCCGGGUCUCAUUUUUCCACCGAGUACCCUCAUGAAGAGAGCCGGCGUCCGUAUGUUCAGCACAUGUGAUCGCUGUAUCUGCUUGUGCUCCUGUUUACACUGUCACAAAUGGACAGUGCAGCUAAUCCUCCAAACCAAAUGUUCAGACACAGUUCCUUUGUGACUCAAUGGUCCCUUCAUGAGACACGGCUUUGGUUUUGCAUCUUUUCAGUUGUCUGGUUCACCUAAGCCCCAACAGUCAUGCAGACACCCGAGAGAGAGCGUGACUGAGUGGCCCCCUUCUUCAGUGUGGUUAGCUCAUAUCCCACGGUGCUGUUACUUCACGACAUGUUGACACAGUCCAGGCAGCUGCUGUGGUUCUGAAUCUGUCUCAUUGGUUCUGGACCUCACAGGUGAAGGUGACUUAGUAGAAAAUGUACUGUGAUAUUUUUGUAUUUCUCAAAAGUGUAGCUCAAUUGAAAAGUUCUAUAUGUGCUGAUUGCAAAAGGUUCUAAUUUAGAGUGAAAAGAAAAAAAAAUAAAAGCAAUAGUAAAAGUGUAGAGUUUACUUAAUAAAGAUAAUU